ACAUAUGGAAAAGAAGCUUGCAGAAUACAGAGCGAAGAAAGCAAAAGAAAAUAUAUCUGUUGGAAAUAGUUUCUUUUAUCUCUUUAGAAGGAGACAAUGUGAUUCACCCCAGAUCAAAACAGAUGAAAAUGUUACCUCAAGAGAUGAAGAGACAGAGCUGGAAAAAUCUACCAAAAAACCAUGGAACAGGACACAGCUGACACUAACCAUUCUCAUGUGGAUUCUUGCCUGGCUCUUUUGUAUUGAGCAUCAGUUUGGAGCAGUUUUCCUUGUUAUUUCAUUGAUAUUUUUUAUAUAUUACAACACAAGAACAGACAAAAGGAAACAGAAUAAACUUAGUGCCUACUCUGUAUUUAAUCCUAACUGCGAGAGGAUCGAUGGUACAUUUACUUCUGAGCAGUUUGAAAAAGAAUUGCUUCAUGGUGCCAGUGCUGUGAGAAAUUGAGAUAAAUUGAUCUGAGUUUAUUUUAUAUUGACUAUUUAUUUAUUUCAUUGUUUGUCUAAAAGUUUAUAGAUCUGCUUAAAUUUGCAUUGUGUACUCUAUGAAUCUGAAAUCAUUGUAGGGUUUUUGAAUAUUACAUUAUCAAUGUACAUUUUGAAUUUAGUAAAUUUUGUUACAUAUCUUA